UAAGCCCUCGUGAUGCAUGAACAGUAUAAUGAGCAAUCAGCUAGUGGCUUACAUUUCAGUGUUUAAUAAUCUUGAUUUCUGGUGAUUUGUGCAGUUACAAGGUUUAUGUGGGUGGUCAAAUAUGUGCUUCACAUGAACUAGCUGUGACGGAAUUCCUACAAAAGUUGAUUCGAGCGUUGAUGUUGGUUUCCGUGGCUAGGAGAGAAGUCCGAACAGACUCGGAAUAUAGAAGAUCAUAUCAGACAUUUACUCGGAUCACAACGUUCUACAAGUACAUGGACAUAUCUGGAUUAUCAGUGUUGCUCUGGAGAACAUACGAGGAAUCGACUGAUAGACUUUAUUGCAGUUAAAACCCUCUCGAAACCGACAUUUCCGUGAAAAUCCUGACGUAUUGGUGCCGUAUUCUGUAGAGCAACAUUUCCAUCCACUCAUUUGUCUUAUUGAAUCGACGUGUUUAUAAGCAAUAUAGGACGCCGUGUCUUCUGUGGUAUAAGAUGGCCACGCAGAAUAACACGAUACAGUACAUACCAGGGGAGGUAGCCUUGAACACAACAAGUGUUGUGUGUAAUGAGACCUCGGAAAUAUACGAAAAGGCCCUUCUUAUAGACAAGAUACUGACGCCUUUCAUAUACGCUGUUGGGUUUCCGGGUAAUAUAUUGUCGUUUUUGAUAUGGAUAAGACCCAAAAUGCGUCAUUCUUCCGGUGUCUACCUGGCAGCCUUGGCGUUAGCUGACUUCAUAUUCUUACUGCUGCAUCUCAACUAUGAACUCAAUGCAAACUGGGGAGUCAACACGUUAAAUUUCCCGGUAAUAUGUGAAGGAUUUACUAUAGUUUUCCUGACAUUUCAGUAUAUUGCACCAUUGCUCGUGCUUGCCUUUACCGUGGAGAGAUACAUUUCAAUCUGUCAUCCUUUCAAAAGGGAACGGUUUUGUACAACACGGAGAGCGCAAAUCGUCUCGUUGUCGUUAGCAUUUGGUUGCCUAGCAACGUGUGGUAUCCAGGGCUACUUCUGGACAUUCGACUCUGUGGAUGGUUGCGGUCUGAGGGAGACAGUGGUCGCCGGAGACAACAAGUCCCUGUGGAGCAUCUGGUCGUGGAUCACGGAGACGCUCAUGUUCCUCGUUGUGCCGCUAAGUGUUCUCGUGUUUAAUAUCCUUGUUAUCAAGGAGGCCAAGCGCAUUUCCGCUUAUGAACAAAAACAGCUACACGGACGCUCCCAAAAGACGUCAGCAACGACAAUAAUGUUACUCGUUGUCUCCUUUUAUCUCAUUAUAACCACAUUACCUGUGACGAUCGCCUAUACGUCAGGCUUAAACUUUCCCGAGGGAGAAACUUGCGAUGACCCGGCCUGGCCAAGGUAUUGGCAAUACCGCCUGGUCCGAACUGUCGUGGAAGAAAUCGGCAUUACGCACUUUGCCUUAAAUUUCUAUAUUUACAUGAUAACCGGUAAACAGUUUAGAAACGAAUUUCAAAAGAUGUUUAUGAAUCAAAAGAAAUCGUAUUUUCAAGAAAAGGAUCGUACCGAAUACACAACAUUGCGAACAAGUAUAAAGAAAGACAUUUCAGUGCGGAUAUCAACUAACGGAAAAUCAUCAAAUGGAAUUAUGGGACAUAAUACAGAGGAAACAAACGUGUAGUACAUAGCGGUUAUUUCAAUGUUUUAGGUUGUUCAUUAUUUAUAGUGUUUGCUUUCAAUGUGAUGAUAACAGUUCAUUAUAUUCAGGAACUGCUUUAAAUGAAGUAGAUGACAAAUUGCACGUUCAUGUUACAGUAUUCGAUUUUAUAUUGAAUUAAGUUUGUGAGGCCUUGUACGUUAUAUAUCAUUAAAUGCAUUUUAUUUA